AGAAGAAGAAGAAGAAGAAAACAUCAGUGGAGUCCCGGCACGUUAAACAUGAUGACCAAUGAUACUCCGAAGACACCGGAGAGAAAUAUGAAUAUAUCUUGACAAAAAACGACUUCCGGCUCAUCUCGUCCGGGUCGCGAUGGGCGCCCGCUGCUUCCUGUCCUCCGCUGCCCGACGCUUCGUUCAGCCGAGUCUGCUCCGCUGCUGCCGGCUGCCGGGCCCCACGAAAAGAAAUAUGUCCUCCAAAAGGCAGAUUGACCAUCUAGAGAAAACAUCGAGCAACUCCAGACAACAUGAUGUGUAUCCAGCUCGAGUGUGUGGCAUCAUGGAUGAGUCGGCGACGGUGAAACGUGUGAGAAUAGCUGUCAGCCCAGACUUCAGCUUCAAAGCAGGACAGUGGGUGGAUUUCUUCAUCCCCGGCGUGGAGACGGUGGGCGGUUUCUCCAUGUGCUCCUGCCCGGGUCUGCUCCAGAGGGAGGGCGUUGUUGAAUUGGCCGUCAAAUACACCAAACACCCUCCAGCUCACUGGAUCCACACCGCGUGUACGCUGGGCUCUCGGGUGGCGAUGCGUGUCGGCGGGGACUUCGUCUUCGACCCGGCGCCCUCCGACCCCGCCGUCGAUUUGCUGCUGGUGGCCGGCGGCGUCGGGAUCAACCCCCUGUACUCCAUCCUGUUGCACACGACCGAUCUGCUGCAUCUCAACCACGCCUCCGGUGGGCGGGACUACCAGAUCGGCUCGGCUCACCUCUGCUACAGCGCCCAGGACACCCAGGAACUGCUCUUCAAGAGCGCCAUCAUCGAGGCGUGUCGGGAGUUCCCUGACCAGCUCUCCUGUGACCUCCACGUCACGCAGCAGAGCACAGAUGUCGACUCGCAGCUCCAGCCGUUCAUCAAGCACGGGAGAAUCACAGAAGAGGAGUUGCGGGCUCAUGUGGACCCGCGGAGGACUUUGUGUUUCCUGUGUGGACCCCGGACCAUGAUCGAAGCACUUUCACAAACCCUCGUGGACUUCGGCCUCCCGAAAGAUAGAAUCGUCUUCGAGAAAUGGUGGUAGAUCCUUUUUUUUUAGGAUUCUCAGAAACCUCCUUCGGAAAUUCAACCUCUGAUCACUGCAACAGGUGCCUGAUCUGGGCCUGGCCGCUGGGACCGCCCACUCUAAAGCGAGCAGCUGACUCGCAUUAGACCAGAGAUGAAUUUAACUUCGUAUAAAGGAGGAAUGAGCCAACUGUAAAAUCUCAAUUUAAGCAAGACAUCAUUCAGCUCACUGCUGAAUAUUGCAACAAAUCUGAUGUGUAUGACACACACCAUUUUUUCACAGCUGUUACACAUCUUCUGAUCUCAUUUCCACUCUGUAUUUGCUUGAGUGAGGUGUUGUUAAAACUCAUUAAGAGGUGACGUGAAGACUUGCUUUUUAAAAUUUGAACCUGGAUGUUCAGGCAGUAAUUUACCUAUGCAAGCAAGUCUUGAAGCAAUAAUUUGUCAUAUUUCAGAAACACUUCCUUGCCAAGCGUUCGAUGUGUAAAAAUGACACAUUGUAGAUUUAUGGGGGGUUAUGCUUGAAACUAUAUUUAGGAAGUCUCUACACCCAGACUACAAAUAAUCCGACACAACAAAAUGAAGAUUUAUUUAAACUUCCAGCUUCAUAUUUAUCGGACAGAUAUCUAACUCUCGGCAAGAAAGUGAAUCAGUGCAAUUCCCCAAAUAUAAAACUAUUGAUUUAAGUCACCAGGAUACAGAAGAUCAGAGCGAACUAGCAGUCAGUACUUUUAUUAUACAAGACUGACAUCUCUCAAAAUACCUCCGCUGACUUGAUCAUGUCAUCAGAAGUGUUAUACUGUGUGUGUAUGUAUAUAUAUCUUUUAAUUAAUAUAUAUAUAUUAUAUUAUCAGUUAUUUAUUUGCAGAGCUGAAGAUUUUAGCAGAGCUGAUUUGGCUGAGUUUGACUGAGUUGCAUUGAAGCGAUUUGUUUUUCACAUUUUAUUCUCAUGCAAACUUCACACCAAGUGUAUUUUUAGGGUGGAAAACCUCCCAGUCUCCCACAUAUUGGCCGGUGUCGCUGCCUCUCACACACAUGCACAGGGCUUCUCUGGCAAACAUACAUUUGACUCCACCACAAACCCAUAAAGGACUCUGUUCUCGUGGUGUCCCAUGGUGCACGGUAAUGGAACCGCCAGGUGGUCUCCGAGGGGCUCGGAUCACUGAGCGUCUGGUUGUCGUGUCCCAGUGGGGGUUAUGUGGUCGACACUCAUUUGAGGUAUUUUUGCGUUUCCCCGUCGUACGAAGGAAACUGUUUGUGCUGAUGUGAGAUUUAAAGGAAAUAAAAGAAAUGGCGUCAA